ACCGACUGCCUGAGCUACAGACAGAGACUGACUGAUCUACAGCCAGAGACUGCCUGAGCUACAUCCAGUGCCCGUCUCUGAGUGGAGGCACAGGGCCAUGGCGAGUGCGGCUCUCAGUGGUGACGAGGCUCGAAGGGAGUUGACCUGCCCCAUCUGCCUGGACGCCUUCCGCUGCCCCUGUACGCUCAGCUGCGGCCACUCGUUCUGCCUCGAGUGCCUGGAGGGCGCCUGGGAUGCGGCUGAGUCCUUCUCCUGCCCACAGUGCCGAGUGACCUUCCCUCAGAGGCCCAAGCUGAGCAAGAACUUCACGCUCGCCAACCUGGUGGAGCAGCGCAGUGCCGCAGAUGAAUUGGCCACUGUGGUCUUGUGUGACUUCUGCAACGAUGGCACGACCGCUGCCUCGAAGACCUGCCUCAGGUGUGAUAUGUCCUACUGUGUGACUCAUGUAAAGCCUCAUCAGGAGAACCCGAAGUUCAGGGGCCACAUUCUGGUGGAUCCAGACACGAAUCCUGAAGACCGCAAAUGCAAGAAACACAGAAAGGAGCUCGAGUUUUACUGCCGACAGGACAAGAGCUUGGUCUGCACAACCUGCACCAUUGCAGGAGACCACAAGGGUCACGAUGUGGCUACGUUGGAGGAUGAGCACAAGACACGGGAGAAACAAGUGGGAGAGGAGACGCGGGCGGUGGAGGAGAAGAGGAGGGAGGCGGAGGAGUCCGUGAGGCGGAUGGAGGCCGCUCGCAGGGACGUGCAGGGAUCCGUGACAGAUGAAAAGGCUUCCAUCUCGGUCAGAUUCGCCAGCGCGAGAGCAGCGUUGGAUGCGGAGGAGAAGGCGGCGUUAGAGCAACUGGAGCAGAAAGGGCGCAAGCUGCUGUCCCAGAUCGAGAAGAAGAUCGCUCGCUACCAGCGCGAGAUCAGCGAGCUCCAGGCAGCAGCUACACGCCUGCAGGCUCUAGUGCAGGAGAGGGACUCGCUCGCGUUCCUGCAGGUGAGCGAUGAGUCUCCAGUGUCGCUAUUGGCACAAAGCCCUCUCACCAGCAGCAGCAGAGGGAGGCUCCUGAAUGAGAGCUUGCAUCCACUGGGCUUGAGAACACAUCUCCACUCAUGGACUCGCAUCGCAGCUCCAGUGGCUGCCAUUUUGAAGGCCAGCUCAUAUUUUCUCAGUGAAAUUAAUUAUCUCUCUCGUCCUUUAACAGAUUCCCAUUAAGUUUGUUUCAUUGUGAAUUUAAACUAAAUGUUAUUGGAAUUGAACUUUUUAAAUCAACCAUACAACAACAAUGUGCACGGUAUUUAUGAUUAUCAUCAGCCAUGAUCUAUCCACUUAUUGAUGAAGGCUUCCCCAAGCCAUUGCCACAUCUCAUGAUGCCGCGAUGCAACAAUCCACCAGCGCCUGUUCAAGAGCUGAUUUCAUCUCAGCUUCUUGCUUCAUGUACCUCCACUUGGAUGCGCUACCUUCAUUGUUCAUAUUUGCGAUGCUAAAAUAAAUAGGUCUCAUACACUAAUUAAAUAUAUUAUUGUUUUUUUGAAUAUCACUUAUACAAGAUCUGCACCAUGUGCAUUGGUAACACCAGAAAUUACCAGUCCUAAGUUACUCUCAGCACAGAUCAAUAUCAACCGGUCUCACUCUGAAAUAGUUGCCCUGCAAAUCAGUGUUGGUCCUCAUGGGGGUGGCGAGAUGUUAACUACCUCGCCUGCUAUACCGAAGGUCCUGGAUUUUAUCCCAACCCUGACGUCCAUAUACAUUUGGAGUUUACAUUUCUCCCUCCAUGGUCGCAUGGGUUUUUCUGCGGGUUCUCCAGUUUUUCCCUCCACAUUUGGAAACGUGCGUUUAGAGUAUUUGGCUGCUAUAAAUU